UUAAUCAUGAUUAAUUAGUAUCAUUUUGAUAAAGAAUUGUCGUAAAGUUCUAGUUUACACUGAGAAAGUAAUAAAGACAGGUGGCAAAUAAGAUGGCGACAAUCAAAAAUGGACGAGUCCUUGCAAUAAUAUCAUUUGCGCUUUUCUUGGUUUCUCUCGGAAAGUCAGAAGACCUACCGUGCGCUGCUCGCAAUGUAGGCAUUGAAGGCCGGUCAAUAGUAUGCGUUUGUAACGCUACUUACUGCGACACUAUCACAAGAGAAAUCCCUGCUCCGAGAAGUUUUGUUAGGUACACAUCAAGCAAAGAUGGCAAACGAUUUGAAAAAAGUUACGGCAGUAUACAAAGCUUAUUAAAUAGAACCUCGGAAACGGUCGAAGACAUCGACCCUAUAGACAUAUCGAUAGAUACAGACGAAGAUGAGAAAGAAAAAUAUUUUAAUUUUGAUUUUGGAGCAAAUUUUACAGACGAGUUCCAGGAUCCGCUUUGGAAACGAGUCGUCAUAAGAGUGUAUACCAUUAUAUACAGGCAAGAAAUUGAAGGUUUUGGUGGAUCUGUGACGGACGCUGCUGCUAUCAACUGGCGUAAACUGUCCGAUGGCGCCCAAAGGCAAUUUAUCGAUACAUAUUUUAGCAACAAGGGUAUUGAAUAUAAUAUGAUCCGUGUUCCUAUCGGUGGUUCAGACUUCUCGACACACCCAUAUGCCUACAAUGAGUUACCUUGGAAUGAUGUGGCACUUACUAACUUUACUCUUUCAGAAGAGGACUUAUUUUAUAAGCUCCCAUUGAUCAGAUUAGGUCAAGCUGCCGCAGCUGCGACAAACAACGAGGUGAAAAUCACAGCAAGCACCUGGUCACCUCCAGUUUGGAUGAAGUCCAAUGAAAGAAUCACUGGAUUCGGUCAGCUAAAGCCCGAGUUCUAUCAGACUUAUGCUGAUUAUCACAUACGCUUUAUGGAGGCAUAUGCAAGAGCCCAUGUAAAGAUAUGGGCAAUUACAACAACUAACGAACCCCUAAACGGGAUUGUACCUGUCGCAAACUUCAACUCAUUAGGGUGGACACCUGGACAACUGGGGCGCUGGGUGGCAAAUAAUCUAGGUCCCACAUUAAGAAAUUCAAGCUUCUCCGAUACAUUGAUUUUGGCUGUUGACGAUCAACGUUACGUUUUACCUGCUUGGUUAAGAGGAAUGGAAAGAGAAGACCCACGGUCUAUUGAUUUUAUUGAUGGUAUCGCCAUACAUUACUACGGUAACUUUGUACCAUCAUUGGUUUUAUCGAGGAUUCAACAACGCUAUCCUAAUAAAAUCUUGCUCUCGACGGAAGCAAGUGAAGGUUCGAUGCCCUGGAAUAGGGAGAAAGUCGCAAUUGGAUCAUGGCGACGUGCAAAGAGAUAUAUAUCCAGUAUUAUUGAGGAUUUAAAUAGAUUCGUUGUUGGUUGGAUUGACUGGAAUCUUUGCUUGGACUCUAACGGUGGUCCAAACUGGGCUUCCAACUUUGUGGACUCUCCAAUUCUGGUGUACCCAGAAGAAGAUGAGUUUGUAAAGCAACCUAUGUAUUAUGCUGUGGGUCACUUUUCCAAAUUCAUCCCAAGGCGCUCAAGGAGAAUAGGAGUGGAACGUUGGAGUUUGUUCAAACUUGAAAAUGUUGCAGUGCUGACGCCUGAAGGAACCAUUGUAGUAGUAAUGCAUAACAGACGUAAAAGUCAACGGACUGUACACAUAUUUAUUACUAGACUAAGUUACAUAACAUUUGUAAUGGAGCCAGAAUCAGUAUCAACAAUUGAAAUUAACCCAAAUACAGAAUCAGAUUAAAUUAAAUUUAUUGUAUAAUUAA